CGAUCCCACCCCCCCCCUCCCCCACAAAACACACGGGGAAAGCUUCAUUCCAACGCUUUCAAACCAUGUGGUUCCGCCGCACCUCAGGCCUGGAUGCCCUGCUGCAGCGCCCCGAGCAAGAGAGCUUUCUCCGCCGCUUCCUGCGCUCUCCCGUGACAACCACCGCACGGCUCCUCUACAACUACUUCACCCGCAAGCAUCCCAUUCCCACCCAGCAAACCGAUAGCUCUCGAGUCCGAGUAGUCUGCAUUUCAGACACCCACAAUACCCAACCCCAACUCCCAGACGGCGACAUCCUCAUCCACGCCGGCGACCUCACCCAAUCUGGGACGCAGGGGGAACUCAACGCGCAGAUCGAACGGCUGGAUGCGCAACCCCACCGACACAAAGUCGUCAUAGCAGGCAACCACGAGCUGUGUCUCGAUCCUCGCUUCUCCGAUACUGCGACUACCAUCAACUGGAAGUCCCUCAUAUACCUCCAAAACACCUCAACCACCCUCGAAUUCGGCGACGAUUACACCCCGCGUCGUCUGAAGGUGUUCGGCUCUCCGUAUACCCCUAAACACGGCAACUGGGCCUUUGAAUGCCUGCGGACUAAUUCAAGAUUCUGGGGAGAUGUCGGGAUCCCCGAAGACACGGAUAUCCUCAUAACUCAUGGACCGCCGAGGGGACAUCUCGAUCUGGGAUGGCUGGGGUGUUCGCUUCUUCUGGAGAGAUUGUGGGAAAUAAAGCGCAGACCAAGGUUGCAUGUUUUCGGGCAUAUUCAUGGUGGAUAUGGGGCUGAGAUUGUUUGUUGGGAUGCGUUUCAAAGGGUUUAUGAGGGGGUGAUGGAUCGGAAAGUAGGAUGGGUCGGGGUGGUGAAAUCGGUGUAUUUGGGGACCGCACGGGCGUUGCUCGGGAGAAGAUUCGGUUUGGGAGGCCAGGAUAUGAUUAUGGUUAAUGCUGCUGUGGUGGGGGGUGUCCGCGAUGAGAAGAGGCGGGAGGCGAUCUGCAUUGAUAUCUAGCCUCCAGCGCAGCUGAGGAAGGUCUCAGAUUGGCCUUGUAAUUUACCAGGUGAUGUCUAUUUCCGAUUGGACUUUGCUGAUCGUGUGUUGUAGGCCGUGAAUUGGGACUAAAUUGUAUCUCAUUGGACUCUUGACACCACGGUAGAGUCAAAUAGAUCCUUCCCGAGAGGAUCAUGCACUCUUUUGAUUCAUAUGAAAGACGAUAGGAUUGCUUGCGUCUCUUUCCAUGAAUGUAUCUUACAAUGUUUCAAGUCAUCCAGCAACCAGUGCUUCAGAGAAUUCCAAGCCGGAGG